AUGAUGGAGGUGCGGCAGAUGGUCACCGACGACCCCGUGGGCGGGUGGGACAAGGCGUGGCAGGCGAGCGCGACGCCGUGGGAUCUGGGCGGCGUGACGCCGGCUGUAGCGGCGCUCGUGGCGGCGCAAGAGGGGUCGCCGCUGCACCUGCCGUCCUCCAUCCGCCGCGUGCUCGUCCCCGGCUGUGGCACCAGCACACACGCACCCCAUCUCCCCCUUUCUGCUUAUCCUGCCUCUAUCAAUGCGCACAUGCCCCAUCGCCCCUCCCAUGGCCCUCACACCCUCACGCCCCCAUGCACCAUCCUUCCAUGCUGGCUUGCCCCCAUGUCCCUCCCCACGGCCCUCGCAACACGCAGCUUCUUCUGUGCGCUGGCGCCAUCGCUGAGGGGCAAGUGGGCCGCCAAGACUGCGGAGCUGCUAUUGAGUCGACUCAUAAAUUCUCUCCAUGCCUCCAUGCCCGUAUGCCCCUCCCACCGCACGCAGCUUCUUCUGUGCGCUGUCGCCAUCGCUGAGGGGCAAGUGGGCGGCUAA